AUGAGCUCACCAAAUACCAUCGGUUUCUUCACUUCUCAGCUGAACGGAGAAGUUAUCCUGAGGAAGGACAAGAAACCCGAGAAGAAUCUGCAUCCGUUAACUAUUCAUGAGCUGAUGCUUGAAACGGCCACCAAGUAUCCUGACUUGAUCGCUGUGGGGACGAGGAAAGCGAAUUCAUGGGAUACCUUAACGUAUAUCGAGUAUUAUGAGUUGUGUCGGAAGGCGGCAAAAUCCUUCCUCAAGCUUGGCCUCGAACGCUUUCAUGGUGUGGGGAUCCUGGGCUCUAAUUGCGUUGAGUGGUUCAUUGCUGACAUUGCCAGCAUUUUUGCCGGAGGCAUUUGUGUGGGCAUUUUCCCCCAUAACUCUUCCCAAACCUGCCGGUUCAUUGCUGACAACUCCGAGGCUAACAUCUUAAUGGUGGAGGAUGAUUGGCAGCUUCAGAAAAUCCUUAAGAUCCAGGGUAACUUACGUCAUCUGAAAGCUAUUGUCCAAUAUAAAAACAAACUCACAAAGAAGAUACCUAACACUUAUUCCUGGGAAGAAUUCCUCACCAUUGGGGUAACUAUUUCUGAUGAAAUGCUAGACAAAGUCAUUGAUUCCCAGAAGCCUACCCAGUGCUGUAUGCUGGCCUACACCGCGGGGACCACCGGAUCACCAAAGGCAGUUAUGAUCAGUCAUGACAAUAUCACGUGGACCUCAGCAGCUCUACUCCAAAGCCUUCCCUACACUUAUCCCCCUGAACAGCAAGAGAUCUUGGUAAGCUACCUCCCCCUCUGCUUGAUAACUGCUCAGCUAUUUGAAGUCUGGAUCCCUAUUACCAUCGGGGCAGCCAUCUACUUCGCUGAAUCUAACGUCCUGAAGACUCAGGGAUCUCUGAUAAAGACACUGAAGGAGGUGAGACCUACUACCUUCUGUGGAAUCCCUGAAGUCUGGGAAGAGAUACAGCAGAAACUCAACUUCGAUCAGAUGACAGCCAGGUCAUUCAAGAAGGCUAUGAUUACUUGGGCCAAGAAAGCGGGAUUAAAUACCAACUUGAAACAGGAACAAGAGGCCCACGCUCCUCUCAACUUCCGUGUGGCCAAGAAGCUGAUCUAUAAGAGGGUGCGCCGGGAUCUGGGCUUCGAUCGCUGUCUCCAGUUUCUGAGUUCGGGCGCCGGCCUUUCCAAGGAAACCCAGGAGUUCUUCCUCAGCUACGACAUCAAACUGUUGCCGACGUAUGGGAUGACAGAGUGCACGGGAACUCAUUCCAUCUCCUCUGAGAAAGAAUCGAAGCUGUUUAGCUGUGGGAAGGCAGUGACGGGUGCUAAUACCAUGGUUCGGCAUCAAGACCAAGAAGGCAUGGGCGAAUUCUAUAUCUGGGGCAGGCACCUUUCCAUGGGUUACCUGAACAAUGAAUACAAGACGAAAAAGCUCUUUGACCAAAAAGGUUGGCUGCACACUGGAGACAUGGGCAUCCUGGAUGAACAUGGCUUUAUCCACAUCACUGGCAGGAUGGAAGAAGUCAUCAUUACCAAUCAAGGGGAAAAAAUCUUUCCUGUCCCAAUGGAGAAUAUGUUGAAGGAGAAUAUUCCCAUUAUCCGCCAUGCUAUGAUCGUGGGAAACCAAGCCAAGUUCCUGAGUGUAUUGCUGACACUAAAGUGUGAGUUCGAUGUGGACUCAGGUGAGCCUCGUAGCAUGCUGACGGAAGAAGCCAUCAAUUUUUGCCGAAAGAACAAUAGUAAGUCUGUCCAAGUGACAGACAUCACGGAUAACCAAGACCCCAUCAUUGACGCAAUAAUACAGAGAGGCAUUGAUGCAAUCAACGAACAAACUGACUCUGACUCUCACAAGAUCCUCAGAUGGAAAGUCUUAGAGAAGGACUUCUCAGUUAUGGGUGGAGAGCUAGGUAGGUCAACCUCGAAGCUGAGACGGGCGUAUGUCACCAGAAUGUACCAAACAAUGAUCUCCAGUUUCUAUAUCUAG